GGGGGGGCGUCAGCUGUUCGAGCCAGCCCAGCGGAGCCCGGGUCCUCGCAGGAAGCCUGUGCGCGAGAAGGCAGAAGUUCCGUCGAGUCUUCCCACAAAGUCGUCGGCGUCCGUCAGCAUGGCCGCGGGCUCGGUGUCCGAGUGCAAGGAGUACUUGUUCAAAGUGCUGGUGAUCGGCGAGCUGGGCGUGGGGAAAACCAGCAUCAUCAAGCGCUACGUGCACCAGCUCUUCUCGCAGCACUACCGCGCGACGAUCGGGGUCGACUUCGCGCUGAAGGUGAUCAACUGGGACGGCAGGACGCUGGUGCGGCUCCAGCUGUGGGACAUCGCAGGUCAGGAGCGGUUCGGGAACAUGACGCGGGUGUACUACAAAGAGGCCGUGGGCGCGUUCGUGGUGUUCGACGUGACGAGGGGCGCCACGUUCGAGGCCGUGUCCAAGUGGAAGCACGACCUGGACAGCAAGGUGAAGCUGGCCAACGGGAACCCCAUCCCCUCGGUGCUGCUGGCCAAUAAGUGCGACCAGAAGAAGGAGAGCACCAACAACACGGCCCUCAUGGACAACUUCUGCAAAGAGACUGGCUUCCUGGGCUGGUUCGAGACUUCAGCUAAGGACAACAUCAAUGUGGACGAGGCAGCGCGUUUCCUGGUGGAGAACAUCUUGGCUAACGACAAAGGGCUGCCGUACGAGGAGAGCAACGGCGACCGGAUCAAACUGGACCAGGAGACUGUGGCUGCUGAGAUCAAGUCAGGCUGCUGCUAACGCUCAGUCCGUUCCCAUUAGCCGCCCGCCUCCAUUUAGCAGAACCCCUACACUUCCACCUUCUCCCGCGGAGGAAUGUAAAGUUUUGGCUUUUCGAUGCUCCAGGAACUUCUCCUUCCUGCACUGAUGCCCAGCUGACCUGCAAAUCCAAGUUUUCACUGUGGCGUUAGGCUGGAAUAGAAGGCCCAUGUUGAUGUUGCCCCAAACACUGCCACCAUUUCUUUAUUCACCGUCUUCAAACCAUGUCUCUAUUAUUGUUUGUGUCGCUGUAUACAGUAUGUCUGAUCAUUUAUUCUAGCAUUAUAAAGCCCAGCCAGACUCCACAGAUGAUGCAGAACACUGAGAAACCCCAGCUAGAAAACAACCUGCAGCCUCAUAAUGUCUCUAUUCCCACUUUCCCCCAACUGUUUGUUCAGUGUCUCUCUGGCUUUGUUCAGCUAACAUGAACUUUAUUCUCCCUUUUAAUAUUCAUUUUAGAGCACACUCAUGCUAGCGAGGCCCACUCUCACUUUGAACUGCUGUGUUUAAGGCAAACAAAUGGGCAUCACUGUUAAGCCAUAUCAAAGUGUUUCUGGGUGUUCAUGCAACGAACUGUUGUCAUUUCACCAUGUUUUUCAGGGUGGGUCACAUUUUUCUGGUUCACUCAAAGUCUUCGUAAGAAACAGAUGGACAAUAGAAUGUUUCGGGAAAAAACUCUAACGGCGGUACUACAGUAUGUGUGACACUGAAUCUUAUUGUUUUUUUCACCUGUAGAUCUGAUUUGUGAUAUGCAUUUUUAAAUGUGUUUGGUCAUGUAUUGAACUGCUUGUGAGAUAAAAAAAAAUGGAAUCGGACAGAAGACUACACACUCUUGUACUAAGAGGCGUGAAUGUGUUAAAGUGCUGUAACAGUGUUGAUAAAUAUGAAGGAUUUUAAAAAACAUAAGUAAAGAGAAAAUUUACAUGUGGAAAAAAUAACAAACUAACUAGAAUAAACAUUUUAAUUGA